AUGGCUGCCCUUACAGUUGCCUCCAAGGCCGACAGUGGCUUGGUCCUUCCUACCGUUCUUGCGACAACGUACAUCGCGCAAAAGUGUCCUCCAAACACGAUCAAUAUCGAGUACAAGGAGGUGGACUCUCUCGGCAAACAGAAUGAGAAAGUCAUUCUUACUACUAGUAAUGGCGACUCCAUUGUUGAUGGCUCUGUGGUACCAUACUUGAUGGAUCAGAUUGAAGUUCGGAAAAGACCAGGCCAAAGAGAGGUUGAUGAAUGGGUGAAACGCUCAGCAGCCCUCGCAGUCCCUGAUUUCCAAUCAUUGGACGGACCCAUCAAGGAACUGGAAUCGCAUCUCAGCCUGCGCUCUUAUCUCGUUGGCUACUCAUUGACCUUGGCUGAUAUUAUGGUCUGGGGUGCUCUCCGUGGAUACAAGGUGGCCAUAAAGCUUCGUCAAACCUAUAGAAACACCAAUCGCUGGUUCAACUUCAUCGAAGCCUCCAAUCCUUGGGUCACCAAUGUUGUUACAGCGCUUAGCAAUGCAGCACGACAGAAAAAGGCCGCAGCCAGUGCUGCAGGUGCAAACUAUAACAUUGGCCUGAAGAACACCGAGAAUGGAAUUGUGACGAGGUUCCCCCCUGAACCGUCAGGGUAUCUUCACAUUGGUCACGCCAAGGCAGCUUUGUUGAACGACUAUUUCGCCCACGAGUACCUUGGCCCUGAUUCGCGAGGCGUUCUUAUUUGUCGCUUUGAUGAUACUAAUCCUUCGAAAGAGUCGCAGGAGUUUCAAGAGUCAAUCUUAGAGGAUCUGUCAUUGCUCGGGAUUCAGCCUGAUCGGAUUUCCUAUUCUAGCGACUACUUUCAACAAAUGUAUGAAGGUUGCGUCAGACUCAUUCAGUCAGGCAAGGCGUAUGCAGACAACACGCCAAAGGACAUCAUGAAAGAACGGAGUCCCUAG